AUGGGGACGUUCUUCGACAAGAUGUUCCAGAAGCCAAGCAACACAGUGGGAACCCAGGAGCCGCGUGCGUCCACCUCCACCAACUCGACCGGGGUGUGGGAUGCCUCUAAUACUAUUCGCUCGUCAACCCUUGCCCCCUCGGCCAAUGUCUCCGCCGCCACCGCCAACAGUAAUGACCAUGCCUGGAACUGUGACUUGGCCAUCACCCACUUCGCCGCCGCCGUUACUGAUUGCCCUAACCGGUACCCUGACUCUCCAGGGUCACUCAUCAACUCGGGCUCAAGCUCGCUGACGCAUUCGCAGUCGCAGUCGCCGUCGCCCCAGCCCGGGACCCCUACCACGGGCCAAUUCCUGCCUGGCGCUCACGCUAAAUCUGCUUAUACACCUGCUGCUCCAGCCGCUGCCUCGGCGCUGGCGACUCUUAUUAGUACCGCUAAAACUGCUGCCCCCCAACUCUCUAUCGGCCAGUCUGAUCCUAGUAUUCUCACCAACACUUCAAUCGACAACUCUAGAGAGCUUCUCUCCAACAACUGGGAUAGCGUCUACGACUGUGCAAACGAGUCCGACAUUUACGUUUCUAGUUUACCACUACCAGAGAACCACGACGCCGACAUGACUACCGGACCCUCCCUUGACCCGUCCAUGGGCCGCCGGGACUCUUUCGUUAGCGCUGGCCCCAAGCCCAUAUCGAUGAAUAACCCCAACCGUGGUGACAAUGCAAACCGCAACAGAAGGGAAUCUCUUGCCGGAAGCCUGAUGGGCGGUGGCAUGAGCUGGGGAGGCAUGUCUUUUGGCAGUUUUGUUAGAGACGAUAUCAUGAUGGCAGGCACCUCGCCUUCGCCGUUUGGAACCCAUCAGUCGCCUUCUUUCCAUUCAUCUUCGUAUCUUCCCAAGUUGGAAGCGAACUUCAUGCGAGAUUUCACUUGUUGUGGCAAGAUCCUUCCAAACCUCCACGAUUUGCUCCAACAUUACGAAGAAGCACAUACGCAACCGAGCCCGAACGCAGCUAGAAAUAACACAUUCUCCCAGUUCUCGCAGUUGGGUAUGCCGACCGCACCCCGAAUGUCUAUGUCUCGAGCUGGCUCAGCAGCACCUGGUAACAGUUCCCAGUCAACAAGCCAGUUAGGACAACAUAACCGAGGCCAACAGUCCUCUCAUGAUGCGCACGGAGGCUUGGCCAUGACAUCGAAUCUGAACGAUGAUAUGGAUGCUGUGGCAGAUAUGGAGAUGGAUGAUGCCGUGGGUACUAUGGAGAUGGAUGACAGCCAGCGAAUGUCUCAGACAAGACAGCUCUUCGGUCAACAGCAAAGACCCGAACUUGACAUGAACACUUCUGGCUUGACUCAAGGCCUGCGAACCUCUCAACCACCAACUCCUGCUGCCGCUAGCUUCGGCCUGCAGAAUAACCCCACAGUUUCGUCCGUCAACACACCCACCCUUACCACGCAAGGACAAGUACCCCACGGUCAGCAGCAGGUUGAUAUGGAAGAAGACUUUCCUGGCAUGCCCAUGGGCGGUAACACGAACGACAUUGGCGAUAUGAGCUUUGGUGGAAACCAAAGCAAUAAUGAUUCUAACUUCUGCAUAAACGACCCUGGAAAACACCUCUUCAGCCCAACUGGUGCUUUCCCUACCGCCAACCGGUCCAUCCAAGCACAGUUGCAGCAGCUAGGAAUUAACCAGACUCAGCUCAACGAUCCCCAAGCCAACAAGCUCCUCAUGCAGCGUCUACAGACCAUGAUGAUGCCCGAAGAACACAAGCCCUUCAAGUGCCCAGUCAUUGGCUGCGAAAAGGCUUACAAGAACCAAAACGGUCUGAAGUACCAUAAGACACAUGGCCAUCAAACCCAGCAGCUUCAUGAGAAUGGGGAUGGCACUUUCUCUAUUGUUAAUCCCGAGACCAGUGCCCCAUACCCAGGUACUCUAGGCAUGGAGAAAGAAAAGCCCUUCAGCUGCGACACAUGUGGCAAGCGAUACAAGAACUUGAACGGGCUGAAAUACCACAAGUCGCAUUCUCUUCCCUGCAACCCUGAUUUCAAGCUCCAAGCUCUUGCGGCGGGCAUGAAUUUGCCUGGGAUAGGGGAAGAUCAGAUGAUGCAAUAG